GAGGUACAGUAAAUACGCCGCAUUCAAAAUGUAACCAUCUUUGAAAUAGCAAAAGCUUGGAAAAGCCAGCCUCAAAUUUUCUGACCCGGUGGAGAUUGAUUAGUUGUAAUGUCUUAACUUAAGUCUUAACUUCCUGUGUUCCCUAUAAGGCUCCGCUAAUAGGCAGUUGUCAUGUCCACUGCAGUGCUAGCAUGUCCUCUCACUCGCUCUCUCUCGCUCUCUCUGUCUCUCUCUCUCCCUCUUGCAAUGUGACCGACCCCCAUGGGCAGUUGUCAUGUCGACUGCAGUGUUAGCAUGUCCUGUCUCUCUCUCUCUCUCUCUCUCUCUCUCUCCUCUCUCUUGCAAUGUGACCAACCCCCAAACCUCUGUAGUUUUUUGGGGGGAGGUAGUGGUGGUGGUGGUGGGGGUUCAUCAUGACAAAAAGAAUUAAUAUGUAAUGAACAUUGAGGUAAAGGGGUGAGAGUGAAUGGUCCAUGUGUUCAUAUCUGUGUGUGUGUGUGUGUGUGUGUAUGUGUGUGUGUGUGUGUGUGUGUGUGUGAGAGAGAGAGAGAGCGAGCAUUUGUGCACAUGAUAAAAGAGAAUACAGAAUAGACAAAGCCAGUCUGACAGCUGUUUGGCACAGGGAAUUCUGUUCCAGCUAAAGCUCUUUGGUAAUGGUCCAAUCCCAACCCCACAACCACACCCACCAAGCAGAUAGUUUACUCAUUACAAAUUACUGUGAGACUUCACAAUCUGGAAGUCAGCAGCUAUAGUCUGUUGAGUUUUGUAGGAACGCUGCACUUCAGCUUCCUCCCCCAUUCCCCCCUUCGGUUCUGAAGCACAUGGUAUGUUCCAUUUAAAAGCAAGCAUGUCAUCUUUCACUGCACUGGGUCCCCUCCUGGAGCAGCUGCGGAAGAGAAGAGGAACCCUGGCUCAUUUUUGCUUUUUCUCAUUCUUUCACACACCAUUUCUUAUCUUGUAUAACCGUACUCUCACAACAUACACAAACCACAUCUUUUCAGUCAAAAAGAGAAGGACACAGAAGGAAAGGGAAGCUUGUUAUUGGGAUUAUUUGCCUUUCUGCACAUUAAAAGGAGAGAGAAGGGGGAGAGGGCAUGUUGUUUCCCCUAUGCUGCAUUUGACACCAUGCUCCUUUGUGUGGACUGGCUCCUCCCCAGGGUAAGAGCUUGAAUAUGAUGGAAGAUAAUAAGCAGCUGGCGCAGCACAUCGAUGGUGCCCUCCACUCUGCAAGCCAGGAGGUGACCAACUUGCACUCAGAGCUCUCGGCCACCAGUCGCAGACUUGCUGAGCUCAGAGCAAACAACCCUACCGGAGUUGAGAACAACCACCAGCAUGUGCUGCUGAGAGAGGAAGUCACUCAGCUGCAGGAGGAGGUGAAACUGCUGAGCCAGCUGAAGGAAAUGUUAAAUAAGGAGCUGCAGGAGAUGCAGGGCUGCUCGGCCAAUGCACUGUCUGCCACUGAGCUCCGCAUACAGCUGGCAGAGAAAGAACAUGAGCUGGACCGUGCCAAAGAGGCCUUACAAGCUAUGAAAUGCGACCGUACGAGGUUAAAGGCAGAGAAGGUUGACUUAGUGAACCAGAUGCAGCAGCUGUACACUACAUUAGAGAGCCACGAAGAACAGCUUCGAGACUUCAUCAGGAACUACGACCAGCACAGAAAGGAGAGCGAUGAUGCAGUGAAGUCUCUGGCGAAGGAGAAAGACCUGCUGGAGAGGGAGAAGUGGGACCUGCGCAGGCAGACCAAAGAGGCCACAGAGCACGCUGGCCUCCUACACUCACAAAUUGACAUGAAGGAGAACAGAAUUAAAGAGCUGGAAGCUGAGCUAAGCAUGGCCAAACAGUCUCUGGCCACCCUCACUAAAGAUGUUCCAAAACACCACUCAGUGGCUAUGCCCUCAGAGCCGGUGGUGAACGGUACUCAGGAGUGGGUGAUGCAGGCCGAGCUUCCUCUCACUGCAGCCAUCAGACAGAGCCAACAGACCCUGUGCCAUUGUCACUCUGCAGACAGACAAGCUGCAUUGCGAACCAGCCUGUGUCACUCACGCCAGCCCUCCAUACUCUCAGACACAUCAGCAGCUGAUGGUGAUCGCUCAUCUACACCCAGUGACAUGAACUCUCCACACCAUCGGACUCACUCCCUCUGCAAUGUAAGAGCUGCCUGGCACCCUCGACCAACCCCGAAACAUUUAAAGAACCCCACUGUUCAAUCCAUGGAGGACCUCGAGGAUCAGAAGCAUAAGAAGAAGAAGGAGAAGAUGAGCCUGGGCUCACUCUCUCGAGUGUUUGCCCGGGGAAAAUCCCAGCGCAAGUCUCUGGACCCUGGCCUGUUUGAUGGUACUUCCACCCUUGAUUAUUAUAUUGAGGAGGAUGCCGACUGGUGAUUGAAGUGUGCAUGUGUGCGUGUAUGUUUGAGCAUAUAUAUGUGUUGGACAUUAUGUUUGAGUACAUGGGUGUGCUAUAUUUGCUCAAAACCACAAAAAGAUAAAGACCUCUUGCCUCAUUAAAGUGUACAUUAUACAUUAAAAUAUUGUAUGUAAAUGAAAUAUAUAUAUAGAUAGAUAGAUAGAUAGAUAGAUAGAUAGUAUGUAGGCAUAUGUAGAUAUGUUUACAUACAUAUAAUAUAUACAGUACUGUGCAAGUCUUAGGCACCGUAGAUUAUUUUGAUACAUUUUGUAUUAGAUGUUUAUUUUAUGUAUUCUGCUUCACUCUUUCAUUAUAAAGAGAAAAUUUUAGGUUUACAAUGAUUCAUUUUCCAAAAAACCCAAAAUUUUACAAAGAAAAGUCUGUAUACCAUUAAAGAAAAUAACAAAUUAAGGCCACUUUUAAGAUAAAAACAUUGUAAAGGUGGUCUGGUAUUACCUGCAGAAACAGAAGCAAAUGAAUCAAUCAAAGUGACUUAAAAGGUUUUUUUAUGAAAGAAAUAAAUAUAAUAAUGCCUAGUAACAGGAACGCCGGUAAGUUUAACGCCGCUCCAGCUGGCUUGUUUUUAUUUGCUAUUUUUGAAAUUAAUUGAAAAUUCAGUGUAGAUAUUGAUUCUUGAUUUUUUAUAUAGUAUUUUAGUUAAGUUAGAUCGUUGUAAAUUAGUGACAUGUUUAUUUGUUUUCUGUCGCGUUUUUACUGUGUUCUGCCUGGAGACAUUGCUAUUCAAAUCAUUAAGAUAGCUUUGAGAUUUCUUUGCUGAUAAACAUCGAACUGCUUGAGGUAGAUUACAGUGAAGUCUGGCUGAAGUUGGCUGCUGUCCACUCUGAAAACACUCCAUCUGAUUAUUAAAGAUGUGGAAAUACUCAGCAGGUGAACUUUACCGGCUGUGGGGGUACUAUGAGCCUCCUGUAGAGCUCGUCUGCCAACACGACAUUCUUUGGCAUUAAAAUACAUAGAUCGAUGAUAAAGUGAUCAACAAAAAUGAUUUCAAUGUUAUUCCCUCCCUCUGGUCUGUAAACUGCCGUCACUCAAUGAUCCCUGACCGAUGCGGUGUUGACUGCAGUGUUCUAGCCUGUCUGCCUAUGUCAGAUGUGCACACGCACACUAACUGCCUGAAAUUUGGAUUAUACAAUAUUUAGUCUCUCACCAACAAAGUUGCUAUAAUCGGUGACUUUAUUACUGACCAUAAACUGGAUUUUCUAGGCUUCACAGAAAAACAAAACAAUGAUUUCUAAUGAUUUCAUCUUAAUCAAGCAGCCCCACUGAGAUUUGUUCACAUCUGUAAAUCCCGUCCUUCUGGGAGAGGAGGCGGUCUUGCAGUGCUAUAUCACGCAAAUGUAAAACUGACUUCACUCACCUUGCCUGAUCAAUCCUCCUUUGAACUGCUGGCUGUCAAACUCUGUGGACCUACACCCACUGUUAUUGCGGUACUGUACAGAUCACCUAAGCCAUCAAAUGUGUCAAAAACUUUACCUAUACUAAUGACUCUGAAUAUAAUGUCUCCGAAUGUGAUCCUGAUGGGUGAUUUUAGCAUCCAUUUGUAUAAUUCUUCCAACCUACUUAGAAGAAACUUUAUGGCCAUGCUUGAUUGCUUUGGUAUUACCCAAUGUGUAGACCUUGCCACCCACAGCAAAGGCCAUAUUUUAGAUCUGGUCUGCUGCACUGGUAUUACACCCUGCCACAUCAAUGCUGCUGAACUACCCAUCUCAGAGCGCAAAGCUAUGCUGUUUGACACCUACCUGCCUAAGAGGACGUUACCACUCUAAUUAAAUCCUAUCCCUACCCUGCUCCUAAUACUUCAUUAUUGGAUCUAGUGCGCCAUUAGAGCUACUGCUUGUCUUCUGCACUUAACAGUCUUGCUCCUCUGAAGACUCGGACCACUUCAUUUGUUCACACUGCACCUUGGUAUACAUCUAAACUCCACCAGAUGAAGUCCAUGGUUCGGAGUCUGGAGUGGUUAUCAAAAAGAAGUGAUCUUUUGGUACAUAAAGAGAUGUAUUGUGAUCACAUACUUCAUUACAAAAAUGCCCUUUCUGUUGCAAAAACAUCAUAUCAUGCAAAUAUCAUCAGUGCGAGAGAAGGAAACACCAGAGCUCUUUUUUUUCAACAUGAAUGGACUACUUAAAACACCUGAUAACUCCAUUCAUCUGAAUCUCUCUGAUGAAUGCUGUUCGACCGUCCUGAAAUUUUUUCACUCUAAAAUUGCGACCAUUCAUUAACAACUGACUUGUUCAAUUAAUGAGCAAAAGGAAUCAUGCUCCCUGAAUAUUACGGGCCCUCCACAUACCAGUGCAUUUAGUCAUUUCAGUCUCCCAGUGGAAAGUCACGUCUUGAAUCUCAUCAUGAAGUACAAUUCCUCCACCUGUCAACUGGAUCCUGCUCCAACCAACUUACUUAAAGUGUGCCUGCCCUCUAUCUCCCCUCUGAUAUCCUCAAUAAUUAACACUUCUCUCACCACUGGUGUGGUCCCCCCUUCAUUAAAAACUGCCAUUGUUAGGCCAACACUG